CGUAAAUAAUCAUAUUUUAAGCAUUAACAAUUGUUGAAAAUGGCAAGCACUAGCAAAGGAUAUGGCUGCUCUGUAAAGCCUUCGCCGCUGCAGACGCUGGUGGACAACACGUGUGGCAACGUAAGCGAUUUAAUACGCCGAUAUCGACGCAAGAUAUAUCGCGAAUCAACGCAGUCGCUGCAGCAGUGCAAGCCCCAGCUCCAGCCCCAGUCGCACAUGUGCUGCAAUGAACCCGCUCAAUGCAAUUUGCUAAACAAGACACAACGUUUGUUUGGCCACUGGAGCUGUGAGAAUGUGCUGCUUGGCCUUUUUCUUGGUCUAUUGGCACUGCUGCUGGCCGUGGGUUUCUUUCUGGUGCGACGCUACAAUCAUUCGUUCGCCUAUGGCUCGGGCGGCUGUGUCUCCUCCAUUUUGUAUCCCUUUAAGGAUUGCCCGAUCCAAGCAUAAGCUGCACAAUAAACUUUUGCACUUGCACAAAGGCGGUCCAGGGCUUGCUAAUUGGGCCGGCGGCGCUUUAGCGCGCGCUU